GGACGUUUCCUUUUUUUUUCGCCCCCCCCCACCUCUUCUUCCUCCAGUGUAUGUGUGUAUAAAUAUAUAACAAAAAAAGUUUAUUUUUUUUUUUCCCUAUUUAAUUUUUGCGCGCGCAUCCUUUGGUUAUUCCCCCCCUGCCCCUCCUAGUGUUGAGUUUUUUUUUUUUUUUUUUUCCAAAAAUGAAUAUGUCCAAUUUGUUUUGUUCUAAACUAAAAAGCACAUGUGGCACCACGAGGACGCCGUCGUUCGUCGACCGGAAACGACGCGCGCAAUCCAACUUCCUCGAAUACUUUCGUGUCUUUCAAUUAUUAGGUCCAUUGGAAGGACCGGAAGUGUGGAUCAGUGGAGAACGAAAAAUAAAUCCGGGAGUUACUUAACGUGUGCUGUGUAUUCUAUGACUGAAAAUUAGUGAUGUGACGACAAUUUUGAAAAAUUGUGUUUUUUUUUUUUUUUGGUGAGAAAAUAACUUCACAAAAUGUGCCUUGAGGAAUAUUUAACCGGUAAUUGGACCAUUCCUUAUGCCAUUGAGGUAGUAAUGGUAGCGUGAUCACGCUACACCACGGUGCGCCAUAGUACUAUAGAGACUUCCGGUCCGCCACAGGAAGUGAGACACACGUGUCCGGGCGUGUGUGUUCCCAUACUAAUAUAACCGAGUGGUUCUCUCUAUCCUGUGGUGCGUUACAAGUACACUGCCUUCGGGUACCACUGCUUUUUCUUUUGCAAAAAAAAAAAAAAGGCAAAAAUUUUCUGUUUACUGGUCCCCCGGAUGCCUUUGGAUAAUUACCAUGACAAGCAAAUGGUCGGAAGGAUCCUGCUGGAAUAUUUUAAAUCUGCAGUUGAAUCAAAUAGCGAAUUAAAUGUUGACGAAGUAUUUAAUACGGUCAACCAAAUCGUCAGUGAUCCAGAACCAUCAAUUAGGUUGGAUUUAGUUGAACAGCUUCCACAUGUGGCGAUAAUAUGCCAGGAAACGCCCCAACUUUUUGGGGACGCUUUAUCCUGCUACAUCAUUGGGAUCAUUCUCAAAUAUCUUCGAGACUUGGAUAAUCAGGUGCGACAAACGGCGCAAGCAGCCCUAAUCGCCAUCGUGGAACGUGGGAUUCUAACGAAAAAACAACUCGAGGUCGAAGUCUGUCCUGUGAUCCUCAACAUGACGUAUUUGCAAGUUGGAUUUCUCAACACUGCUAUUGUUCUCAUGAGUAAAUUGGGACCAUAUCUUGGAAGUGAGGUGCUCGAGAAUGUUUUACUGGACAGAUAUUUGGAUCUCUGCGAGGACGAGAGAUUUUUUGUGAGAAAAGUCUGUGCUUCGUAUUUAGGAGAAAUUUGUGCAAACAUCUCAAAAUCUAUAGUUUAUGAAAAAUUGCUGCCGAAAUAUAUAAAUUUAUGUAUAGACGACGUGUGGGGCGUAAGAAAAGCAUGUGUGGAUGUGAUGCUGUCAGUUGCUUCCUGCGUUACAAUUUACAAAUAUCGAAUGAUACUCUCAAAAUUGCUAUUGGAUCAAUUAACGGACGAAUCAAAAUGGGUGCGAACAUCAGCACAUCAAAUUCUCGGUCCUUUUAUUUCAAUUUUCGCUACUCAAUUCAGUGGCUUACGUUACAAUCAAUUUGGCGAUUUUGUCAUGUCUCAUAAUCAAGGCUCCGAGCUCAGACAAAAUAUAAUACCAUCAACGAAAAACGAAUCAGUUGUAGGACCAAAUGAUAAUUUUGCAACUCCACUUGAACAGGAAAUUGGAAUUAUUGGAAUUGAAAAUUGCGUCUCUAAUAAGCGAAAUAAACGAAAUCAAUCAUCGGUAUCUAAAAAUGAUAUGAUAUUCUUUCCAGUUACCAGCUGGCUAGGCGAAAUUGCAGAGAGCGAAGAACAAAAUGAAAGUUCAGGCGAGUCGUCAAGCGAUGACGUAAAUAAAUUCAAUCCUUUCCAGUAUUACUAUAAUCCACCGGAAAUGCCAUUAGAUCUUGAAUUAGUUCGCCCGAGCGAUAUAACACAAUCAGAAGAUUUUAGAAAAAUGUUCGGCGAUUAUUAUGAUCUCGAGUAUGAUAGUCGAAUUUCGCAAAUGGACGUUUUGUCAGAUAAUCAGGAAACAAAAUCGGACAACGAAAAUUUGACUAAAGAAAUAGAGAACAAUUGUGAAAAUUCUGGAAAUUCUGAAAAUGUAGAUAACAAUAUAAAUAAAGAAGUAAUCGCUGAGGAGAAGAAAUCCAAUGAAGAAUCAAUAAAUUCCGAAAUUUCUUCAAGGACUAAUGUGAAAAUAAAACCAGAAUUUUCAUUAACUGAGAAUUCCUUUCCGCCGCUAUUAAAAUCAAAAACAAAAGAAACAGACGAAAGUGUACCUCAAUUUUUAAUAAGUCGUUUUGUAUCAAUGGCCGAUCCAACGCCUCUAUUUGAUUCACCGUCAGAACUUCAUCAUCAAUGUGCCUUCUAUUUUCCCGCUGUUGUUAUGACACUAGGCAGAAAUAAUUGGUUCCAAUUAAAGAACGCUUAUCAAUCAUUGGCAUGCGCUGUACAAUGGAAAGUACGAUGUACACUUGCAUCAAGUAUUCAUGAGAUUGCAUUGAUUUUAGGCGAAGAACUCACUGGCACUGAUCUAAUGCCAAUUUAUGAUGGUUUCAUUAAAGAUCUCGAUGAAGUUAGAAUUGGUGCACUAAAACAUCUUAGUACAUUUUUAAAAGUUCUUAGGCCAGCAAAUCGACAGCAAUAUUUAUCAAAAUUAUCGGAUUUUAUUGUCACUGAUAAUGAAUGUAAUUGGAGAUUUCGCGAGGAAUUUGCUAAUCAACUUUUGAAUGCAAUUUUACUUUAUGAGCCGCAAGAUAUUUCUGAACAUAUUGCACCGUUGGCAUUGCAAUUGCUGCAGGAUAAAGUGGCUGCUGUGAGACAAAUUGCACUUAAAUUGAUAACGAGAAUUACUAUGUUCUUGGGAAGUGAAGAACCUUUGGUGAUAGCAUUGAUACAGGAACUUAAUCAUCAAUUAAUAUUCAAUAAAUGGAAAUGUAGACAGACUUAUGCUCUUAUUUGUUCGCAACUCAUUAGCACUGAAUCAAUUAACAUCUUAAUUUUCGUCAAUGAAAUGCUCCCACACCUAUACAGUUUAAGUGAAGACAAGGUACCAAAUGUUCGUUUGGUUGUAGCUAGGACUUUAGCAAAUGACAUCUUACCCUUGGGUAUUGAUAGGUUCAAUGUCGAGAGGACGAGAUUGUUAAUUGAAAAAUUGAAGCAGGAUCCGGAUCGUGAUGUUCGAGUCUUGGCCGGAGGUUGCGAUUCAAAGGAAUCAAAUGAUCAGAGUCUUAACCAUACAUUUCUUUUAGACGCUUUCUAACAUAAAGUCAACUCGUCACCUCAGCGGACCAUUUUCCGUGAAGGAUACACGAAUUGAGAUUUCUUUUGUACACUUAAAAAUUUUUUCAAGGAAAGAUUAACGAAAUGUGAAUUGAAUAAAAAAAAAAUAGUGACGAACAUUUUUAGAAAAAUCAAUUUUUAUGGCUCCGAAGGAAGAAAAAAAAACAAUCGAGCCUUUUUUUGUCAAGAAUCCGCUGAUUGGCAAAAGACAGUGUGAAUGCUAGAAUGUAUUUUUUAUUGUCGAAAAAAAAUAGAUUUUUAAUUUUUUUAUCAGCCACAUUUUUUAAUUAAUUGUUAAUAUCAUUUUGUCAGACUAAAGUAUAGAAAAAAAAACAACUUUUAACAAUUAAAUGGAAUUUUACAAUUUUUUUUUUUUUAAUAAAUUCAGCAUCAUAUCAAAACUAAUCUACCGAAGCUUAAAAUAAAUAAAUUUUUCCAGUUUUUGAAAACUACGUUUAAACUUUUUUGUCAUCUACUUUGUAAGUCAUAUAAAAAAAUAUAUAUAUAUACGAGAGUCGCCGAUUUUUAAGCGCUUUGCGUCCAGACAUAAUGCAUUUUUUAGCACUCUAGUUGUAUAAAAACCGUGUACAAUACAAUUUUUAAGGAAGAAAAAAAAAUGUCAAACUUUUACAAAUAUAAAAAAAUUAUAAUAAAUGAAAGUAUAGCCUAUGAGAAUUACCUAAUUUUUUGUCAACUUUUUUUUCUGUCGUUUUUUUUUUUAAAAAGAAAUUUUUAUAAUGUAAGAAACAAUUUAACACCAAUCAUUUGUAUUACGAAAAAAGAAAUCUUUUAAUCAAGUACAGUUGUUAAAAAUAAUUGAGAUAAGAUUUUUUAUUAAUUUAUAGCUUAACUUUCUCAUUAAGGUAAAUAUUAUAAAUAAUCAAUCUGGAUGCAACAAAAAAAAAAAAAGAAUUUAUGACAUAAUUUUUUUUCCUCUUCCUCCAUAUUUCGUUUUCCACUAGAAUGAGAGAGAGAGAAAGAGAGAAUGCUCGAUUUACUGUGAAUAUAUUUGCGCAUUUGGAAGGGAGGUAUCGUUUAAUGUGUACAAUAUUUUAUGUAUUUGGUAAAAGACAAAAAGAAAUUUCAAGCAAUUUGUUACA